UUUCCCUACUUUGUCUGUGGUCAGAGGAUGAGAGCAAAAAAACGGAUAUCACUAUGGUACCGAUGUCGAAAUAACAGUGAAAGUCAUUGUUAGAAUUACCAAAAAUCAUACUAAAAUGAAUAAAUUAAAAUCAUCACAGAGAGACAAAGUCAAGAAAUUCGUCGCUUUUACUCAAACUAGCGAGAGCACUGCGAUUUAUUGUCUUACUCAGAAUGAUUGGAAACUGGACCUGGCUAGUGAUAACUAUUUUCAGAACCCAGAUGCGUACUACAAGGAUCCCAUUAAGGCUGCAGUAGACAGAAAAAAGUUGGAACUCUUAUUCAACAAGUACAAAGAUCAACAAGAGAAUGAUAAGAUCACUGUGGAUGGAGUCAUGAAAUUUCUAGAAGAUUUAAACCUUAGUCCUGAAUCUAUAUUAGUACUUAUCAUUGCAUGGAAAUGUAAAGCUGCAGUGCAGUGUGAGUUCUCCAAAGACGAGUUCCUGACUGGACUAAUGGAGCUGGGUGCAGACAGUAUAGACAAAUUAAAAACAAAACUAGGUACCCUUGAAACAGAAAUUAAAGAUCCUAAUAAAUUUAAAGAUUUCUACCAAUUUACUUUUAACUAUGCCAAAAAUCCAGGGCAAAAGGGAUUGGAGUUAGAUAUGGCAAUAGCAUAUUGGAAUAUAGUGCUUCGUGGAAGAUUUAAAUUCCUAGAUGCUUGGUGCAAGUUUCUUACGGAACACCAUAAAAGGUCAAUUCCCAAGGACACGUGGAAUCUCCUUUUAGAUUUCGCCACGCAAAUCGACGAUGGCAUGAGCAACUAUGAUGCCGAGGGAGCCUGGCCCGUACUAAUAGACGACUUUGUGGAGUGGUGCCAGAAGCAGGGCGUCACCGCCGAGGGGCUGAAGGCGCUGGAGCCGGCGUGCGGCUAGCUGGCGCCGCCCGCCUGCGAGCCGCCCGCGCCGCGGCGCCCGCGCCCGCCGCCGCGCCCGCGCCCGCGCCGCGCCCGCUCGCGCGCGCUGGCAGCCUCUGUCGCCCUGAUGCUGCUCCGCCUGCUCCUGUACGUUCUGGACAUUUGUCCCCUAGAAUGGAUCGCGGUUGUUAUGGUAUUCGAUUUCUGUGGCUAAUACGAUGCAAUAGUAAGUUAUUCCAAAAAGAUAUUUUAUAUUAUAUUUAUAGAUGAUUGUCCCGGUUUAAAGAAACGUUUAAAAUGUUUACUAUGUACUCUAGUGACUUAGAUCUAAAACAGUAGAGGAACUGUUGUAUAGAGUUAGUACACACUCUUUCGUAGGUAUACAGCUCUCUUGAAGUUAGUACGAAUGUACGCCUAUUUGCCAUUGGGUGUGCUUGUAGAUUCAUGCAUUAUCAUAAAUAUCGUAAGGUUUGUCAAUUUUGAUUUUGUUUUUUAUUACUAAUACUGGUUGUAUUAAAACUGAAAACUUAUUGACUUUGUUACUAUGUGUAUAGUACUUUUGUCUACAUAGGGUUGGUAACUAAUUCGUAAUCGUUGAAGACAGUUGUGAUAUAUAGGUAUUCAUACAAUAUUAGAUAAUGAUUACUAGGUAGGACACUGAUGGAAGCCUGUGUAUAUAUAUUAUAAGUCUGCAUUGUCUCUGCGUCCACCCGUUUUAGUGCCGGUCCCGGCGGUGCGGGCUGGUUUGUUCUCGCGCGUCCUCUACGAGGAACAAUAGGCACUGGGCACGCGGCCGAUGUCAUCAGGCUGCCUACCCCCUGCCUCCCCAGCUAAUCUAUACUAUAAAAUUGAGAUCUAAAUGUGUCUACUGAACGGAAUAGUGAUAUUUUUUAAAGGUUAUAACGUAUAAAUAUUAUGAUUGUGUAUGUA